AUGCGCUUCGGAAUCACAGUUGGCAGCCUCUGCGCCGUCCUCUUCGGACUGGGUGCCGUCGCCAUGCCCGCUGAUCCAUCUGUCGACGCCUGCUGCUGCUGCGACAUCAGCCGCAACGUCAUCUCUUGCACACGUUCUAUCAAGAAAGCCGAGUGCGUGUGCGCCGCCGUUGUUUGCCCUCCCAACGCGCAGACCGUCUUUGAUGAUGCUCCGCAGUCGACUCAUCAUGCCAGAGCACCGGCCGGUCCGUUCAUCCCGCCUAUUCCUACCCCGGAUCCUGUCAAUGUCGUCACUCCACCUCCCCCCGCUGGAGCGGACAACACCCAUGGGACUGCCAGCAAGCCGACGCCACUUCCCGUCAGCGAGAAGCAAAACACUGUCCCGCCCAAGUCUGGCGUGCCAGAUAGCUGCUUCCCGGCCAACACUCCGCUGUCUAGGUGCUGCUGCUGCAACAUCGCCAAGAAUGUGGUCGAGUGCAAGACGGUGGCCCAGGGAAACUGCUUCUGCGCCGCCGUGGUCUGCCCUGCAGGCGCGAAGACAAUGGACGUUCCGCCAGCUGCGUGCGCCAGUCACUAA